AUGCGACGCCCGACCACACGUUCGAGGUCGCAUGACACAGAUUCGAUGGACGGUGAUCCGGAGAUCGGAGAGUCGUACGUGGUGACGAGGAUCACGAAUGGAGUGCCGGAGAAAACGAUUGCCAUCGUUGUUGCAACAAAACAAGUCACCGAUGAUCAACUGCGGCAGAUACGAGCCGAAAAGGAGAAACUGCAAACAAACACGCCAAUUGAGGUAUCUGAGUCGGCGAAAGAAGAGCCCAACCCGACUGCCAUGCACACUUUGUACUACAUUCACUACGAGGGAAUGGAUCGACGAUUGGACGAAUGGGCUGAAAGGAAUCGCUUCUUGGGAUUCGCCUCGUCUGAGAAACCAUCACCAUCAAUGGGCAUUCAAAAAGUGACACGCAGUCAACGGAGAAUCGACGAAGAGUUCAAUCAUUUGCCUGUCGGCUAUGAGGUGAUGGGUGCAACGGUGGCUAAAUUGGAACGGGAAUAUGAGGAGAGAACUAAGGUGCGAAACAUUGAGAUGGUGACGCUGGGACGAUGGGAGAUCGACACCUGGUACUUUGCUCCAUACCCGGCUCCUUUCGAUCAAACCGUUCACCUAUUCGUUUGCGAGUACUGUUUGAUGUACUUCAAUGACAUAAAGCUUUACUCAAGACACGUGAAGCUGGCUUGUCGAAGGCGCACACCGCCUGGCAACGAGAUCUACCGAAAAGGCAACUUGAGCGUCUUUGAAGUGAGCGGCUAUCAGGAUCGCCAGUAUGCACAAUUCUUGUGUCUACUCUCGAAAUUGUUCAUGGAUCACAAGACGUUGUACUACGAUGUGGAAACGUUUCUUUUCUAUGUGCUCUGUGAAGUGGACAAUGAAGGAGCGCAUAUUGUUGGCAAUUUCUCAAAGGAGUUGGACACUGGCAAUAAUCUCGCCUGUAUCAUGAUUUUGCCACCAUAUCAGCGAAAAGGAUAUGGCAAGCUGUUGAUUCAAUUGAGCUACGAGCUUUCAUCAAGAGAAGGAUGGAUUGGGACACCGGAAAAGCCUUUGUCUGAUCUGGGCAAAGUGAGCUAUCGAUCGUACUGGUGGUGGGUGAUCUUGGGAACACUCGAGAAUAUGGAAACGGACACCGUUCGAGCGUCGAUUUUGUCGGAAGAGACAGGAAUCGCAAGUGCUGACAUUGUGUCCACUCUGUAUCCAAUGCAGAUGAUCAAGUCGUGGAAAGGAGAUCACAUUGUGCGUGCUUCGAAGCGAGUUGUCGAGCAUUGCCGUUCGUUAGGACUCGUAAGACCACCGUCUCUGCUCCUGGAUGAGAAAUGUCUUCGAUGGGAACCGCGAAGACCCCGCGGACCACCACGAACACGCCCAAAGCACAAA